GGCCGACUGACGAACAUCAGGCGCUCGUCGCAACGGAAAAGAAAAGCACAAGGAAAAACUCGGAAUAGCACAUUGCCGAGCAACGAGAGUUAUUCACAUUUUGUGAAAGGACGCCGAUGAAAGCACGAUACGGUUUCCUUUUUUCGGGAUCCGGUUUUGUGUGUUCGAAUACAAGUCGGAGAAGAUACGCGGCGCGUUGUGAAAAAUUCUAGUGGAACCUUGUGAGGAUUUAUCAUGUGAAAACUGCGUAAUAAACGAAAAAGGUAUGCGAGGAAAUUGGCAUAAAAAUAAAUUAUCCUGUAACUGCCAGAACGCCACUUGUAGAAAUGUCGGGAAAACCUAAUGGCAACCAAUCUGUAAGACGUGAAUGUGAUUUGAAUGUGAAUCAAGUGCUUAUUAAAUUUUCAAUAGAGAGCGUUUGUCUCGACUCGUGUUCUUAGGUAUUUUCAGUUGGAAGGACUGUUAGGAGUCCUUUAGUGCUUUCGGUGUGACUAAUAUUCAUUGGAGUCCUUUAUUAGUUCCAAUGUAGGUAGUGGAUUUAUUGUUGGAAGCAUUUACACAUCUUUGUAACGUUUUACUUAAACUUACUAAAAUUAGGUAUACUCGAAGAAACCCGUGUUUAUAUGUGUGCCUUCCCUGCUUUGAAUCCUGUGAACUAUUUUUCAUAACAUAUUUCUAUACAAGGACCUGACUGUGCAUAUUGUUGUAAACAAAAGUAGCCCUCGAUAUUUUUGCAUAGUGUUCGUAUCAAUAUUAGUGUAGGACAAGGAUAUAUAUGUCGUAGAGAACCUCAUCUUAGAAUACACCUUCAUUUCCGGGGACAUCAUUUCCACUAGACCUGUGAACACUAGGAUGCAUGCUUUCACGACACAUAUCUACAUAGAACAUUGUAUUUAUAGAUACUAGUGGAAUAUCUAAUGUCGAUUUUCCCUCAUUACGGAAAACUGUACAAUUUCAAUGGACCAAAAUCUAAGUUAACAACAGCAACAACAAUAUCUAAAACUUUGAUAAUAAUCUGAAAAUUUCUUGAUAGUACUUCAGAGGAGAAUCCCAGACGAGAUUUUACAUAGGAAAGGACAUUUUUCAAAAGAGAAAAUAUCAAAAAAAAUCUCCUGUUAAGGAAGCAUUUUCAUUUCGUUGCAAACUUGAAACUUCUGAGAGGCCCAGCUCCUUAGAAACUGUUGAUAGUUUGUUUAUCUUUCUGAAUCCUUUUUACGAAUAAAUUGUAGAAAAACACUUCAUUCUAAAUGUUAUGCUGCGGCGUUUGUGGUAAUAUGUCGAAACGGGACUAUAAAGUUGCCACCUGUGAUGGCAUCGAGCUGGAACCGCUGGGCGGGCCGAAACCCGAUCAGAAAACCAAUGGGGUGAAAUAUGGCGGAGGUGAUAGCAGCGGUGGACGGCAAACACGAAAUGGUGUUGCAGUUUGCUCACAAAGACGUGCACUAUGUGUUACAGGAUUUGUUGUUGGAUCACUUGUAGCAACCGCCUUGAUCAUUGCCUAUGCAGGACCACAGAAUGAUUGUGCCUGUGCUGGUAAAAUGCCGCCCGGUUACACACCAGACGAUGGGAACGGAUCACUACCGUUCAAUCCUAUAGCCACAAAUGGAGAGCCAUUCCCGUGGCUAGAACCAACGCUGCCUAAUUUUGCUCGACCUUUACGAUAUACACUCACCAUACAUCCAAAUCUAACGACGCUGGAUGUGAAAGGUCAAGUCACUAUAGAAAUAAGUAUAGAAAAGGAAACGAGCUUCAUAGUUCUUCACAUACAGGACUUAAAUGUAACGGAAAAGGCUAUAGUCGGCCCCAAAGGAUAUGCACUUAAAAUAGCCAGAUUGCUCGAGUAUCCUCCCCGACAACAACUCUAUAUAGAAGUAAAGGAUAAACUGAGGAAGAAGACGAAUUACACACUCAAUUUAAGAUGGUAUUCAAGACUGACGCCAGAACCGGAAGGGUUCUAUGUGGACCAGUACGAGAGUAUUAAUGGAUUCCAGAGAUUACUUGCCGCCACUGUAUUCAAGCCAAGCGGAGCGCGUAAAGCGUUCCCUUGUUUUGACGAGCCCCACCUUCGUGCCCCAUUCCGGGUAUCAGUAUUCAGGGAUCGCUUCCACAUAGGACUCUCCAAUUCCAUCGUUCAUGCAACCGAUGACGUUGGAUUCUACAUGGGAACGGGUCUGCUCCGCGACGAUUUCAUUGAAACACCGCCAAUACCAGCCGAUGGAGUAGCCUGGGUAGUAAGUGAUUUCCAACGAGAAUCCUUAGACCCAUCACCGACAUAUCAAAUAACCACUACUGCUGCACCACCAGUUACAAUUCGACCGCCACAUUCCCGAGUAUCAGCGCUCGGCGACAACUUCACCUUCAAAACAGACAAAAAACCUGUGAGAAAUAUUACGGCCCUAACGCAUUCGCUGAACGUGCAUACUUUGACCAAGGAAUUAAACGUGCAUACCAACCACACUAGCGGCCAAAAGAACAUUUCAGCAAUGAAUCAACAAGCGGAAGAUCCACUGAAACGAGCUCCUUCUUACACCUUCUACGCACCACAUGAUAUCCUACCCAGAUCAGAUUUCAUCCUCAAAACAUCAAGAAGUGUUUUGGAAUAUCUACAGACGUGGCUGGAAACAUCAUAUCCUUUAAGCAAAGUGGAUUUCGUGGCACUUCCGUCAUUAGAUCGCAACAUUAUCUCAUCCCUUGGUAUCAUCUCAUUGCGGACGUCAUUUCUUAUGGAUCCUAAAACUAUCACCACAAAAGAGUAUCACUCAACAGGGGUCAAAAUCGCGGAGGCAAUUGUAAAACAGUUUUUCGGCGGAAUAGCUUCGCCCAAAAUUUGGAAGGACAUUUGGCUAUGGGAUGGUCUGAUAAAAUAUCUUGCCAUAUUGGUCCUGUCACCAUUGCAGCCAAAUUGGCCACUUGAAGAAAUGUAUCUGUUUCACCUUGCGACAACUGCUUUGGAUAUAGAUGCAAUCCAGCGAUGGGAGAGUAUCAUCAAUGGAACGAGUCAGAACGGAAUCAAUGAGGAUUUUUUCAUCGAUAAGACAGCGGCAAUAAUUUCAAUGCUCCACACAGCCAUAGGAGAAGAGAAUUUUAGGAGUUGUUUAGGUCAGUUUUUAGCCAAUAAUCGAUUCAAGACGGCAGAGCCUGCGGAUCUGUGGAGUAUAUGCACGAAGAAAGCUAACGGAUCGAAGAAUAUCAAGGAAAUGAUGACACUGUGGACGACACAACCAGGAUUUCCUCUAUUAACAGUGACAAAAGUUGGGUCGAGCGUCUCCAUAUCGCAAAGACUAUUUGAACCGACUGAGUUGACUGCUAUUUACGAUGAAACGUUCGAGAUGAACUUCACAACAUCUGUACCACCUACAACACACGCACCUCCCAAAAAAGGGAGUCAUGUUCGGUGGAUCCUUCCUGUGAACUAUAUUUCGAAUGAAGAGAAUGUAACAGAUACGCUGUGGCUCCAAAAUGUGGAUAUCACCUUCCAACUUCCAACUGACGUGAAAUGGAUCAAAGUGAACGCUGGACAGAAUGGAUACUACCGCGUCCUUUACAAUGAGGACAAUUGGGCGAGCUUGAUAGACGAAUUGAAACAAGAUCACAAAACAUUCAUACCCCAGGACCGCAUUGGACUAAUUUCUGAUGCAUUCACACUAUGCCAUGCCAAUUUGAUGCCGUGUGAAAUCACCCUCAAUCUAAUCACAUAUUUGCCAAAGGAACGAAGUUGGGGUCCCAUGACUACAGCUUUGACAAAUUUGGAACGUUGGCGACGUAUCCUUAAGUAUUCCGAGUGCUUCCUUAUGCUGUCCGAAUUUAUUAAGAUAAUGUUACAGAAGCCAAUUGGUGAGCUCGGCUGGAAAGAUACUGGAAAUGAUGAGAUAAGGCUGCUCCGACCUGAAGUGCUCCUAGCGUCGGUCCUAUGGGAGGAUAUGGAUAGUAUAAGUAAGGCCAAGAAUAUAUUGCACCAAUAUUUGACCAACGGAACCGCCCUUCCACCGAAUUUAAAAGAGGCUGUCUACACAGGAGCCGUCCUAUCCGGAGAAUAUGUCUACUGGCAAUAUUGCUGGGAUCGUUUUACAUCACUACGUGGUUCACCUGAUGGUCUCGUAGAGAGAAUGCAAUUACUUCGAGCUCUUGGGAAAACCAAAGAUGCGUGGCUGCAAAAUCGUCUUCUAUCACAUGUAACUAUGCUUCCAACUGUUGAAGUCGUUCAAGUACUUCAAGCCAUAUCUGGAACUCCAACGGGAGGAGCGAUGGCAUGUCGUUUCCUUCAAGCCAAAUGGUAUGAUCUUCAAUCGAAAUUGGGCCAGGGUAGUACGAAUUUCGCUAAAGUGAUAACAGCCAUAACACAAUAUGGAGCGACGAAAUUCGAUUAUGAUGAGCUCAAAUCACUAGUUCAUAGAUUCGGGCAUGGUCCCGGUAUGAAAGUCCUAAACAUGACGCUGAGUAGUGUUGGGGCGAAUGUUGAGUGGGUGGCGAGAGCGCAAACAUCAAUAUAUAGUUGGGUUGAAACCAACGGCCACAUACAUUGA